CAAGUUAGCAUGGAGUAGAGACAAGGCAACUUCUGACAAUGCUAGUUGUUGUUAGCUUCACCAACCUUGAUUUAUAUUUAAAAAAAAAAAAAAAAAAAAGAGCCCUCAGCUAACAUAGUUUUUAUAAGUUUGGAGUUGAAACCGACAGCAGUGUGGCGGUUAGUGCGACGGAUGCUCUUAUUUUCAAGAACCUAAACUGAAUGCGUCGGUUCACAGACAGCAAAAGUUGGACGACUAUCGCAUAUGUAAACUUCUAUUUAUGUGUCUGUAUUCAAGGUGGUGUAACACAAGUACUGUACAGUAUUGUUACCUUGGCUGCUUCACGAUAGACAGAAGGUGCAAAAGUACUUGCAUUAGGGUUAGUACUUUAGUACCACAGGCUCUUGUCAGUCAAAAAGGACUCUGACUCUGGAGAUGGCCGAGGAGCAUGCUCACUGCAUGUCCUGCGUCAACCAAAGAUGCUUGUUCAGACCUCAGCCGGGCGUUUCCUGCGAUCUCACUGGCUGCCCGCUAGUGUGCGGCGCCGUGUUUCACUCAUGCAAAGCAGAGGAGCACCACCUCCUGUGCCCGCUGCUGAGGGUACCCUGCCUAAACAGCGCCUACGGCUGCCCCGCCACCAUGGCGCGCAACCAGAUGUCGCCGCACCUGGAGGUGUGUCCAGCCGGGGUGGUGUGCUGCACCAUGGAGUGGAACCGCUGGCCAGUCAGCUGCACGGACUACUCCUCGUACGAGCGCUUGAGUCGCGGUGUGGAGGAGGAGGAGCAGCUGGACAUGGCGCUCGCACUCCAGGACCAGCGCACUCUGUUGGAGUCGCUCAGGUUGAUCGCCAUCGCGCCCACCGUCCAGAGGGGUUCGCUCGGCCCUGCGACUAAGAUUGCCAGGUUGAUGGAGCCCGGAUCGUCCGCCUCGACGGAGUUGCGAGCGGCAACGGCGAGAGAGCGGAUCGCCAACGGUAUAAACGGACUGAACGAGCAGCAUUACAGCAAACUGUAUGAGGCCACUCUGGAGACAGCGAGGAGCUUAGCCACUGCUUUGGAGCUGGUUAGCGGUGCCAACUCAUCCGAUAGCCGGGCGGAAGGCUUGCGAGCAGAGGCCGCUCUGCAGGCCGGCGGACUGGACAGACCGGUGCGGCGUCAAAGCGGACAAACUGAAGACGAGGCUACGGAAGAAGAAACUAGUUUGUUAACAAAUGGCUGCCUGGAGAUAGUUGCACAAAAGGACACGGUUGCGUCUCAGGAUGUGGUGAUGUCUCCUUUGUAUGACAGCAAGGAGCCGGCGCAGAGGAACUUAGGCGGCGCGUUGGAGGCGGUUAGCGGUGCGAACUCAUCCGGUAGCCGGGCUGAAGGCGUGAGAGCAGAAGCCACUCUGCAGGGGAGCAGACUGGACGGAGCGAUGCAGCUUCAAAACGGACGGACUGCACACGAGGCUGUGGAAGAAGAAACUAGUUUGUUAACAAAUAACUGCUUGGAGACUGUUGCACAAAAGGACUUGGUUGCUUCUCAGGAUGUGGUGUGUCCCCCUUUGAGGGCUCAUGUGGUGUUGCAAGAAACGGGGCUGGUCUUAGAAAACCACAAGCCGCAAGAGUGGAUGCUCCCUAGGAGCCAGACUCCUUUCAGUCAGUGUCAAUGGGAAACCAAGACAGACGAUAAAGCGGUGGACACCUCGGAUCUGGAGCAGGAUGAUGACCCCGUGCGACUUGGAGAAAUGGACCCCAUCACAGCCGCCCUGAUCUUCUGCUUAGAGGAGUCCAGAGACUGCAGAAGGAUCUCCGAUCCGCUCCACGUGGACGGCGACCGCGUCCACUUGGGCACGCAGACGUUUCCGUUCCCGGCGGCCAUCCUGGUCACGAACACAAGGGUCGGGGACGUGGCCUCCGCGUCCGCCUGCGACCACGGCGCGCUGCAGAACUCCAGCUCGCUCCGCCUCGGCUACGUUCAGGAACACUUGGAGUUUGCGGGGGUUCCGCAUCACUACUGCCUCCCCAACAACGCCCGCUACCAGCACACAUUUCCGUUUGUGUGCGCGCAGUCCUUUCGCCGAGACGAGUUUUCCUCGCAUUUCACCAACGUCCACGGUGACAUUCACGCUGGGCUCAACGGCUGGAUGGAGUACCGCUGCCCGCUCGCUUUUUACGGCUGCACUUUCUCCCAGCGGCGGUUCUACCCCACCGCCCCGGGGGCCAAGGUGGUCCACGACUCACACCUGAGGGCCUUUGGGGUGCAGCCUCAUCCCGGAGCCAAACUCUCCUGUGAUUCACAGUCGGACCAGUUCAGCGGGAUGCCCAACGAGAUACUGUGGCACAUAGCUGGCUUCCUAGACAGCUUCAGCCUGUGCCAGCUGUCUUUGGUGUCACGGACCUUGAGGGAGGUAUGCGCCAGUCUUCUCCAGACCAGAGGAAUCGUGGAGCUGAGGUGGGAGAAGAGGCAAUGCUCUGGUGAUCACAAGACGGCAUCAUGGCAGGUUAAACACAAAGUGUGGCGGUUCAGCACUGCCUUCAGCCCGGUGCUGACGUGGGGCUUCACGGACAUCCCCAGCAUGUCGAACCACCUUAAGAAGUGCCAGUACAACACAAUGGAGCACCGGACCGAGCCAGUGCCCCUCCCCGCCAUGUGCCCGCCGCAGAACGGAUGCUGCCUGCGCCGUGCCCUGCGCCACGUCAGCACUUGACCACGCUCCCAACAUAUCAACUCUCACAAGGAUUUUUGUUUGUAUGGGAUUGUAGAGAAAUGUAAGCCCUGUACCUGAAACGCACUCCAAAAGGAAUGGGAACACACUCAAUGGUUGAAAAAUAAUACAUGUAGUGUUUUACUUAUCCUAAAUAAUUACUACAGGAACUGUCAAUUAAAAAAAAAAAACUGAAAUAAAAAUACACUACUCACAAAAAGUUGAGAUAUUUGGCUUUCAGGAGAAAUGAACGUAAAGGUUUUCACAUGAUUUAGGUUCCUUCGGAAAUUUCAUAUGAAAGCCCAAUAUCCCCAAUUUAUCUAUUUUAGUACACUUAAUUGCUUUAAAUAACACCUCACUGCCAAUGUGACUCACUUAUUUGAUGAAAGAAAUGUGAAACAUCACGGAAUUGUAUUACUGCAAAAUAAAAUAUGCACAAUAAUAGAUUUCUAUGUGAUGUACGAAGAAAGUAUAUUGCACAAAUGAUGACAGAACAGUACUUUUCACGUGUGCGACUGAAUGUUUGUCUGUUUAGCCUUGCUUGAAUGUUAACCCAAUACGCCACGGUUAGUUUUACUAACUUGCUGCAUUUGUUUCACGUUUAUGGUCUGUCAAAAAGAAAUAUAGGCUACCUUGUGGCUUA